UGUUCAUGAUUUCAGGUGCGUGAUGUGAUCCUGAAGGAUCUGAAGGCAUGUGUUAGGCUGGUGCUGCCUAUGCAGUGUGACACCAGAGGAUGUGAACUCACCGAAGAAGCCAUGAACUCUCUGCUAGAGGCCACCCAGCACAAAAUCCCACUGCAGGAGCUGCAUGUUGUCUAUGAAGAGUCAGGGGACUUUGAUCAGACCGCCCUUGCUCUGGAGCACCUCAGGUUUUUCUAUAAGCACGUCUGGAGGCAGUGGGAUGAGGAAGAUGAAGAUGAUGACUUUGACUACUUUGUUCGUUGUGUGGAGCCUCGUCUCAGGCUGUACUACGAUAUCUUAGAGGAUAGAGUCCCGGCAGGCCUGGUGGCAGAAUACCAAUCUUUAUUGGAGAAAUGCUCCCAGUGCUUUCAGCAGUUCUCUGUGCUGCGCAGUGUCCUUAGCCCCGACUCAGACUCUGAGCUUGACAGUGUGUCAAUGGUGGAGGGUCUCAAGCUCUAUGAGGAACUGGAGAAGUUCAAACGUAAACUGCACAUAAUUGAAAACCCUUUGUUGAGGUAUGUGUUGGGCUAUAAAGGUAAUCCCAGGCAGCAUUGCGUGCAGAGUCGUGGACCCAGAGCAUCUGGUAUAAAGGUGGUCCAUGUUGUCACAGCCUCCUGCAGCACCGUCCAGCUCCAGUCCCUCCUCACUUCAACGCUAUUGCCUCUGUGCUCCUGUGGGGACACUGAGAUCCAGUUCCACAGAGAGCCAGUAUCAGCGGUGGACUCAUGUCAUCAGGGUGAUGUGGUCAUUGUUCUUCCAGGGAUGUACAAUGUCAAUAGCUCCAUCUUCAUACCAGACUCCAUAACUGUAGAAGGCUUUGGUUUUCCUGACGAUGUGGUGAUUGAGAAGAAAAAUAAGGGUGACUCCUUUGUCGAAUCCACAGGAGCAGAUGUCAGACUGUCCAACAUUAAGUUUAUCCAACAUGAUGCUAUCGAGGGCAUUCUUUGUGUUCGUCAGGGAUCUCUGAACAUGGAAAACUGUGUGCUGCAGUGUGAGACCACUGGAGUUACUGUCCGAACAUCAGCCCAUCUAAACAUGAACAUGUGUGACCUGUAUGGAUCCAAGGGGGCUGGUGUGGAGAUUUACCCUGGCAGUGUUUGCAGUCUAAUUAGUAAUGGCAUCCAUCACUGUAAGGACGGAAUCCUCAUAAAGGAUUUUGCUGAUGAGCUGGAUGUGAUGCCAACCAUCACCAUGGAGAACAAUGUAAUCCACAAUAAUGAAGGCUAUGGAGUUAUUGUCGUGAAGCCCAACACAGGAGUUCAACGCAGAGCUCCUUUGAACAGAAAUGAAGAUGACCCUGUAAAAGACUCUGCUGGAGAGACAGCUGAAGAUGGACAGCAGGCAGGAGUUUUAGAUCCUCUCCUUGUCUCAACAUCCUUCGCAAGCCCAAACUCCAGCAGCUCAGCAGCUCAGCCCAAGUCAAAAGAGAACAACAGCACAGAUGGUGACAUAGCCUCUUUCUCAGGCAGGAGAUGGCAAUUCAGUCGUCAAAUGAGCAGAAACAAGGAGACUUGCAGUCAAGCGGUCCAGGAUCUGAUGGACCACCAGAUUUUCAUCUCCAUUCAAGGAAACCAGUUCAGACGUAAUGGCAUGGGAGACUUUGGCACCUUUUUUUACUGACAAAUAUCUUGGCACUUUUUUUUUUUAACACACAUCCAUAGAAAUAAUUUGACAUCAUAUUUUAUCUUAUUUCCUUUGUCAUGAAUAAAUGUAGCUGAUUCACAUUAGGUAGAGAUGAUAUCGGCAGAAUAGUUAGUAGAUAAUGAGUGCAUUUAAUUUUUUGGGUCAACUAUAACUUAAAAGUACAGUAACAGUGAAUGGAUCCACAUUUGAAUUUUUAUCUUAUUUAUUCCUCUUGCCUCCUGAAACUUAAUUAUUUUAAUUUUUAAAUGAACUAUUAGUUUGAAAACCACUAGUUUUGGUAGUGCAAUGCCAGGUCUAAUAAAUGUUAUAUUGAAGGUGGUGGCUUGUUGAAAGUCGAGCACCAUUGUUGAUUUCUCAUAUGGUGCAUCUUUUUUGUUUGUGUGUUUUGUUUUUUAAGGUGUAUUGAUGUGUUUUAUGAAAUAAAGAAAGUACAAAGUC